CUUCGUCAAAACAUUGCAAUGGCGAAGUCGGCUUCCAAUCGAGCCACCGCAGCUGGAUCGCGACAGCAACAUGCAGGAACCUUCGUGAAGCUCGACAAACGCGCACUUGACCCGAAUAUUUCAUCCCUGUUCGCGAAAUCUCUUGGUCCAGUCAAGGCUCCUUCAAAGGCACGCUAUCGGGACUUGAUCGAGAGUCGACCUGUUGCGAACACGAGCGAAGGAAGUGAAGAUGAAGGCCAGCGCAAAGAAGUCAAUGAAGACACUACAUCCGUGUCCGAUGAUAUAUCAUCCGAUAUAGAGGUCGAAAAGCAAUCCGUUUCGAACGAGCUCGAAUUACCUGAACCUGGCGAAAACGUUCCACAUUCUCAAGACCACGCUUCUGCGGGUGACAUCGGACCAUCAGAAGCUCGAGAGUACAUCACCAAUAGUGAUGAACAACAUUUAGGCAAAAAGCGUAAGCGCACCAAGGAGACAGAUGUAGAGGACAACUAUAUGCAGAAGCUUGCUCGCGAGGAGGCUAGAGAAGAGGAGGAGAGAGGCAAGAAGCGAAGAACCGUAGUUGGUACAGAUACGGACUCUGCUACUGCGUCAGGAUCGGAUGACGACAAUUACACAAUUCCAAAGCAUGAGACGCAGACCGGGUCCGCAGAUAUGGACGAAGUGGAUAAGGCUAGCCGCACAGUUUUCCUCGGUAACGUCUCCAGCACCGCAAUAACAUCCAAAACUGCAAAGAAGACUUUGACAAGACAUCUCGGAUCCUUCCUUGAAGACCUUGCCGAUCACAAACCUCCGCACAAAAUCGAGUCUUUGCGCUUCCGCUCUACCGCUUUUGCUAGUGCUUUACCAAAGAAGGCCGCAUUUGUCAACAAGGAGAUUCUAGAUGCGACCACCAAGAGUACGAAUGCGUAUGUCGUAUAUUCCACAAAGAUUGCGGCUAGGGAAGCAGCAAAGCGUCUAAACGGAACAAUGGUAUUAAACAGACAUCUUCGGGUAGACUCUGUGGCACACCCGGCCAAGGUGGAUCACCGUCGUUGCGUCUUCAUUGGUAAUUUAGGCUUCGUUGACGACGAGAGUACGAUUAAUGCCAGUGAAGAGGACAAAAAGAAGACCAAACCUCCCGCAGACACGGAAGAAGGCCUUUGGGUCCAAUUCAGUAAAGCUGGUAAAGUGGAGAGCGUCCGUGUAGUCCGCGAUUCCAAGACCCGAGUCAGCAAGGGCUUUGCUUAUGUCCAAUUCGAAGACGAGAACUCGGUCGAGGCAGCUUUGCAGUACAAUGAUCAGAAGUACCCUCCUAUGCUUCCGCGUAAGCUUCGAGUGGUGCGUGCCAAAGCUCCUAAGAAGAAGUCAACCUCAUCGGUGAGGAAGCCCCAGCCAGGCAAGCCAUCUGGGGUUUACAGCGCCAAAGUGUCGGAAAAGCAGAAGACGGACCAUGGCCGUGCUCGCGCCAUGCUUGGUAAAGCAGCUGCUUUCAAGAAGGCUGAAGACUUUGUUUUUGAAGGCCACCGAGCCAGUAGGAAAGAUGGGGCGGGUGGGCCCAAAACGGGGCCCAAAAAGAGGACAGGCAAACCCCAAUCUAGAAGCAGCAAGCGUGGCGCGGCGUGGAAAGAUGGUGCUGGAAGAACAAAGCAGUGAUGGAGGACACGGGUUGUUGGAGACUUGUAGUUUUUAUAAGUAGGUCAAGGGACUGUCUUCCUUGGGGCAUACUCAUGACACAGUAACGCUUUGCUCAUAUAUCGGACACUAUAGCCUGUGCAGUGACCGUCGAGACAUACCUCUGCACUCCACGCGACAAGGUUUCAUGUAGUUAUCAUCUCAAGAAUCAAAGAUCAUCACGAGUC